AUGGCAAACCAUAAUGACGGGGUUAAUCCCCUAAGACCCUACUACCUCCCACCCUCGAUCGGAGAACCGGCCGAGGUGCUCCCCACGCCGGGACCCCGAGCAUUCACCCAAGCCAACUCGACGGGCAGAUAUGCGUCCAAGGCACGCGACAUCUUUUCCGACAUCGACUACAAAGACUAUAUUGCCGAGCCGUCUCCCUCGGUGGUGCAGACGGUCAAGGAAGUCCUGGAUGAGCUGCUAUGGAAGUACACAUCGGUGCUGAUGGCCCAACCUUUCGAGGUCGCCAAAACCAUCAUGCAGGUUCGAGCCCAAGACGACCUCGAUGGCAACCCGCUGACAUCGCACCAGGGCGCCCAAUCCGAUUCCGAGUCGGAUGUCGACGAGUCGGCCUUCUUCACCUCCCACCGGCCGCGCACACCAUCGCCCGCACCCCGUUCGAGGCACGCACCACAUUUGACCCCGCCAUCACCACAGCCGCCCGCGAAGGCCCUAGCUGCCCACCAACUGGGCAUUCGCACGCCGGACUCUGUAUUAGAGGUCAUCGCCCAGCUCUGGCAGAAAGAGGGCGCAUGGGGCGUGUGGAAAGGCUCAAAUGCGACCUUUAUCUACUCGGUCCUUCAAUCCCUCCUCGAGAACUGGUCGCGCAGUCUCCUCAGCGCCCUCUUUAACGUCCCCGACCUGGGCGUCCGCCACGACAUGGAUCGGCUCGUGGACAUUGCAUCCCCCUACCCAUGGGCCUCGCUGUGUGUCGCGGCCGCGGCCGCCGUGGUGACAGGCCUAAUCCUCUCCCCUCUCGACCUCGUCCGCACCCGGCUGGUCAUAACCUCCACCGGAUCGCGGGCCCGCCGCACGCUGUCCACGCUGCGCAGCCUGCCAUCCUACCUCUGCCCGGCACCGCUCCUGGUGCCGACGGUGCUGCACUCGCUGAUCCACCCGCUGCUGACGCUGUCGACGCCGCUGGUGCUGCGCACGCACUUCAUGAUCGACCGCGAGCUGGCGCCCACCACCUUCUCCAUCGCCAAGUUCUGCUCCUCCACCGUCGCCCUGCUGCUCAAGCUGCCCCUGGAGACGGUGCUGCGCCGCGGCCAGGCCGCCGUGCUACGCUCCGAGGCGUACCUCCACGCCCUCGAGGCCCCCGCCGCGCCCACCACCAAGGGCAGCAAGCGCGCCGCCGAGACGGAGACGGAACUGGAAUUGGAGACCGUCGUGCCCCUCGGCACCUUCCGCGGCUUCUUCGGCACCAUGUACGCCAUCGUGCACGAGGAGGGCUCGCACGCCCUCCCCCCGCCGCCGUCGGCUGUUGCUCCGGUCCAGAAGGGCAAGAAGGGGAAGACCGUGCCCCCUCCUGCCACUGUUGCGGAGACGGUGUAUCGCCGUGGUCAGGGCUUGGAUGGCCUAUGGAGGGGCUGGAAGGUCAGUUGGUGGGGAUUGGUUGGGCUGUGGGCCGCCGGGGUGCUGGGUGGUGGCGGUGAUGGCCAGUUCUGA